AUGGCGAGCAUAGCAACAGCUGGAGAAGCUGUGGCAAGGGUUGCGUAUCUCUCCAGUGACGUCGUGCUCUCUGUCCAGCCGACCCUGGAGAGAGACUCCAUCUUCUCCGGCACGCUCAACAGGUUGGCUGUCGAGCAGGCCAAGGGAGCUCUCUCUGAAGCCUGUCCGGAGGUACGGGCGGUACGGCACAAUGAAGACCCCCUGCUGUCGGCAUACUAUCCCCUGCAGAACGGCCAGACGGUCUCGGUGACAACCAGCUCGACCGUCCUGCUCCCCGCCAUCCCCCACCUCUACAGGCUGGCAAACUACCCCAUAGUCAUCCACGUACACCUGGAGCCCACCGAGUUCGCGGACUUCUCCGUCAUAAGCUCGAUCCGGCAGUGUGGCUUCUCCUUCUUGCACUCAGAGACCCUGCAGGAGGCCCAUGACAUCGCUCUCACCGCACACGCCCUCGCCCUGACGUCCGGCAAGGGGGUCGUCCACUUCUUCGACCUGAGGAACUCGAGCAAGGACGAGCCCGUUGUGGCGGAAGACGUCGGGCUGGUAAGAGAUAUCCUCCAGGUCAGCGCCGUCAGAGCUACCCACUCGCCCGAGGAUGUCCCCCAGACCAUCUACGCGGACUCGGGGCGGGUUGCCAUCGUCUCUGAUCAGGGGUUCGGAGGCCCGGUGGUCAGUCCUGCGGCAGCAACUCCAGCAACAGCUUCUACCGCCGCACUACCUAUUCCAUCCGCAGUCCCCAGCGUCGACCCCUCUUCCGUUGGCUCGUCGCGGAGAGGGAGUAUCAUCGACAGCCAUGUCCCCAGCUCGUCGGCCACCACCGUCGAGACGGUCACCACUCGCCCGGUCGACGCCUCGGACAUCUUCCAGAUAGUAAACAUAAUCUGGGACGCCUUUGCAGCCCGCGUUGGCCGACAGUACCAUGCCAUUGAGUACUCCGGUCCGGAGGACGGGAAGCUGGCCGUGUUCAUCUUCGGAUCGACUGGAGUCUUCGUGGAUGUCCUAAACGACCCGGCUCAAAGUGCCGACUUUAAGGACGUCGGAAUCAUCACCGCCAGGCUGUACCGGCCUUGGAUAGGCAGCCAGAUCCUCAGGGCCAUCCCGGACUCGAUCGAACGCAUAGCCGUGCUGGAACAGGUCCGCAAGACCACAAGAUGGGGCCCGUCCUUCCUAGAUCUCCUGUCCAGCAUAUCACAGCCACCAUCCGGCGUCAGACAAGCACCGUCCCUGGUCGGCUACAGGCUUGGAUACAUAGAGGCAGCAACCGCAUCCCAGGCGCUCAGGGGCAUCAUCCAGAAUCUAACCCUGGACGCUCCGGUCCAGAACCUCGACGUUGGCGGCGAGUCCGUUCCAUUACCGGCAAUCCAGCUUGAACAGCCAGAGAACGAGAAUGCAUACACCAAGAUACUGAACCAACUGUUCAGCGACCGCCUUUACAUUGCCAACCGGCUGGGUUCGCAGGAUGCAGACAUUUCUGCGACCAUCUCUGCCUCCCCCGAGUACGGGUUUGGCUCUCUCCUGGCCAGAAAGGAACGACGUACCCAGCUCAAGCAAGAGGUCGAAGACGCCGUACGUGCGAAUGGUUUCGCCAACGAAGCAUCGAAACAGCUUCUGUCCAAGUGGGCGUUGAACGAGGCAAACCCCGUCAAGGCUAACCAGAUCGCUCCCGAUCUCAUCUCUGCCUUAACGGCCGACGGUUCCAGCCCGGCGGAAGAACUGCUCCAGUCAAAGGAGCUCUUCUACAAGGAGUCUCAAUGGCUAAUUGGCUCUGAUGCGUGGGCUUAUGACCUUGGAAACUCCGGAGUGCAUCACGUUCUCGCGUCUAAUGAAAACGUCAACAUGCUCAUAAUCGACUCCCAGCCGUACUCCCAGCGUACCGCGGCCGAUCCCACACGGCGCAAGAAGGACAUUGGCCUGUACGCGAUGAAUUUCGGCCAUGCAUACGUCGCUUCGGUCGCCGUGUACAGCUCCUACACCCAGGUUCUGCAGGCAAUCGCAGAGGCGGAGCAGUUCAACGGACCAUCCGUCGUCGUUGCCUAUCUCCCCUAUUUCAAAGAGAGCGACUCGCCUCUCACUGUCCUGCAAGAGACCAAGAAAGCAGUGGAAGCGGGUUACUGGCCGCUCUACAGAUGGAACCCAGAAAACGCCGAAAAGGGAGAGCCAAACUUCUCGCUGGAUUCGGAGAGGAUCAGGAGAGAGCUGGAACAAUUCCUUCACCGAGAUAACCAGCUCACCCAGCUGAUGAACCGAGAACCCAAGUUCGCUGCAAGCUUGUCCGAGUCGUACGGUAGUGAAGUACGAGCGCUGAAGAAGAGAGCUGCAAAGAAUGCCUAUGAGCAACUCAUGGAAGGGUUGCUCGGCGCUCCCCUGACAAUUCUUUUCGCCUCUGAUAAUGGGAACGGGGAGAACUUGGCCAAGAGAUUGGGUAAUCGCGGGAAAGCCCGUGGCCUCAAGACCAUGGUGAUGGCCAUGGAUGAUUAUCCCAUCGAAGAUCUGCCAUCGGAGGAGAACAUUGUUCUGAUCACCAGCACGGCAGGCCAGGGAGAACUGCCACAGAAUGGACGUGGGUUCUGGGAAGCCGUCAAGAGCGCAGGCGACCUCGACUUGAGCUCUAUCAAGUAUUCCAUCUUCGGCCUGGGUGACAGUCAUUACUGGCCGCGAAAGGAAGACAAGCUGUACUACAACAAACCCGCUAAGGAUUUGGAUGCCCGCCUUUCGUUCCUUGGAGGUAAGAAGCUGACAGAUAUCGGCCUGGGAGACGACCAGGACCCAGACGGUUACCAAACCGGUUAUCAAGAGUGGGAGCCAAGGCUCUGGCAGGCUCUCGGAGUAGACAAUGUCGAGGGUUUGCCUGACGAACCGGCACCUCUGACCAAUGAAGAUAUCAAAAUCCAGUCAAACUACCUCCGUGGAACCAUUGCUGAGGGCCUCCGCGACGAGUCUACCGGUGCUCUUGCAGAAAGCGACUUGCAACUGACCAAGUUCCAUGGUACUUACAUGCAAGAUGACCGAGACCUGAGAGAGGAGCGAAAAGCCCAGGGGCUCGAGCCAAAGUACAGUUUCAUGAUCCGCUGCCGUCUCGCUGGUGGUGUUGCGACACCCUCGCAGUGGCUGCAGAUGGACGAGAUCAGUAGCGCGCAGGGCAACGAGACGAUGAAGCUCACCACUAGACAGACAUUCCAGUUCCACGGUGUUGUCAAGGGGAAGCUUAGAGCCGCCAUGCAGGCGAUUAACCGCGCUCUGAUGUCCACUAUCGCUGCCUGUGGAGACGUAAACAGAAACGUCAUGUGCAGCAGUCUUCCUGAGCUGUCAGCAUACCACCGUGAAGUCCAUGCCGUUUCAAAGCUUAUAAGCGACCAUCUUCUCCCAGCAACCACUGCCUAUCAUGAGAUCUGGCUCAAGGAUGAGAAUGAUAAGAAAGUGCAGGUUGCUGGAGAUGCCGUCGUUGAUCAUGAGCCGCUGUAUGGCCCGACAUAUCUCCCUCGAAAGUUCAAGAUCACAAUCGCCAUCCCACCACAUAACGAUACGGAUGUCUAUGCCCAUGAUAUCGGCCUUAUCGCUAUAAAAGGUGCAGACGGCCAUUUGGAAGGAUUCAACGUCCUGGUUGGUGGUGGUAUGGGUGUCACUCAUAACAAUAAGAAGACAUAUCCUCGAACGGGCAGCAUGUUGGGUUAUGUUCCUGCCAAGGAAGCCCAUAUCGUAUGUGAGAAGAUCAUGCUCGUGCAGCGUGAUCAUGGUGAUAGGAAAAACCGUAAACAUGCUCGAAUGAAGUACACAGUCGAUGACAUGGGCGUGGAAGUCUUCAAGGGAAAAGUAGAAGACCUUCUGCCUGUCGGUCUCCGGUUCGCAGAGCCCCGUCCGUUCAAGUUCGAUUCCAACGUGGACACAUUCGGUUGGAUCAAGGAUGAAAAGGGCCUCAACCACUUCACUUGCUUUAUCGAGAACGGCAGGGUAGAAGACACUUCUGACUUCCUCAUGAGAACCGGUCUGCGUGAGAUUGCAAAGCUGAACAAGGGAGAAUUCCGUCUCACCGGAAACCAGCAUGUCAUUAUCUCCAAUAUCAAAGAUGAAGACCUGCCAGAGGUCAAGGCACUCAUGGCCAAGUAUAAGCUCGACAACACUUCGUUCAGCGGCCUUCGCCUCUCGUCCUCGGCCUGCGUUGCUUUCCCAACAUGCGGCCUUGCAAUGGCCGAGUCAGAGAGAUACCUGCCUAUCCUCAUAACGAAGGUCGAAUCGUAUCUUGAAGAAAACGGUCUUUCCAGGGAAAGCAUCGUGAUGAGGAUGACUGGCUGCCCUAACGGAUGUGCUAGGCCCUGGCUCGCGGAAGUUGCCUUUGUGGGUAAGGCAUAUGGAGCGUAUAACAUGUACCUUGGCGGAGGAUACCAUGGCCAACGGUUGAACAAGUUAUACCGUUCUUCUAUCAAGGAAGCGGAAAUACUCGAGAUCAUGAAGUCCCUACUUAAGAGAUAUGCCCUCGAACGAAACACAGAGGGAGAGCAACCAGAGAGAUUCGGUGACUGGUGUAUCCGUGCUGGCGUGAUCAAGGAGACCACUGAAGGGAAAAACUUCCACGAAGGGGUUGCUGAAGACGAAGAGUAA